AUGGAGAGAGCAGCUGGGAGAGCUGCAUUCUUAUUCUUGCUCCUCAGCCUGACUGUUGCUCAAAAUAUCACAGAAAAUGGAGCAACUACACUGAAUGUUGGAGUGAUCCUCCACCUGAAGUCCCUUGUAGGGAAAAUAGCACGUACCAGCAUUUUGAUGGCUGUGGAAGAUUUCUAUGCAGUCCACAGGAACUUCAAGACAAAGCUGGUUCUCCACAUCAGAAAUUCCAAUGGAGAUGACAUCCAAGCUGCAGCAGAAGCAAUUGACAUGCUGGAAAAUUACAACAUAAGAGCUAUUGUUGGCCCACAAAAGUCUUCAGAGGCAAAGUUUGUGUCUGAUCUUGGGAACAAGAGCCAAGUCCCAGUUAUCUCCUUCACUGCAACAGACCCUAAUCUUUCAUCCAUCAAUGUGCCAUAUUUUGUGCGUGCAACAUUAAGUGAUGUUGCUCAGGUGAAUUCUAUUGCAGCCCUCAUUAAGGCCUAUGGCUGGAGGGAAGUGGUACCCAUUUAUGAGGAUACGGACUAUGGUAGGGGCAUCAUACCAUACCUGGCUGAUGCUCUCCAAGAAUUUGGAGCAUUUAUACCUUACCGGAGUGCAAUAUCUGCAUCAGCAACUACUGACCAACUUGAGAAAGAGCUCUACAAGCUAAUGACAAUGCAGACUAGAGUCUAUAUUGUUCAUAUGUCAUCAAACAUUGCCUCUGUUCUGUUCAAAAAGGCUAAGGACUUAGGAAUGAUGAGCAAAGGUUAUGCAUGGAUCUUGACGGAUGGCAUUUCGAAUAUUGUUGAUUCGCUAAGCCCUUUAAUUCUUGAGGAAAUGAAUGGUGCAAUUGGUGUCAGAUUCUGUGUGCCCACAUCGAAGGAACUUCAUGAGUUCACUACAAGAUGGAAUAAGAGGUUCAAACAAGAGUACCCAAAUGAUCCACCAUCGCAACUAACCAUUUUUGGGCUUUGGGGUUAUGAUACUAUUUGGGCCUUAGCACAAGCAGCAGAAAAGGUAAGAAUGGCUGAAGCCAUAUUUAAAAAGCAGAAAGAUACAAAGAACUCAACAAGUUUGGGAACUCUGGGAAUUUCUACAAUUGGUCCAAAACUCUUAGACUCAAUCUUACAUAGCAGGUUCAGAGGCCUAAGUGGUGACUUUGACCUUAGUAAGAGGCAGCUGGAAUUUUCCACAUUCCAGAUAAUUAAUGUGGUUGGAAGCAGGCCAAAAGAAAUAGGCCUUUGGACAGCAAAAGGGGGAAUAUUCAGGCAAACAAACGAAAAUAGUUCAAAAACAACAAACAUAAACUCUAUGCCUGAUCUUUAUCAAGUGAUGUGGCCAGGCGAAGUAUAUACGGUGCCUAAAGGAUGGCAAAUUCCCACUACUGGGAAAAAACUUCGUGUAGGUGUACGGACAAGUGGAUAUCCUGAGCUUAUGAAGGUGGAAAGGAAUCCUGCCACCAAUGAAAUUACAGCCUCUGGGUAUGCAAUUGAUGUGUUUGAAGAGGCGUUAAGGAGACUUUCAUAUGCAAUACCUUAUGAAUAUGUAGCAUUUGAUGAUGGACAAGGAGUAAACUCUGGGAGCUAUAAUGAUUUUGUCUACCAAGUUCAUCUUGGGGUAACCUUGCAGGUAUAUGAUGCAGCAAUUGGGGAUAUAACCAUCAGGUACAAUAGAACUUCAUAUGUCGAUUUUACACACCCUUAUACUGAAUCUGGAGUGGCAAUGAUUGUGCCAGUCAAGGACAACAGGGAUAAGAAUACAUGGGUUUUCUUGAAGCCAUUAACUAGUGGGUUGUGGUUUGGAAGCAUUGCCUUCUUCAUCUACACAGCAACUGUAAUAUGGCUAUUGGAGCGACGAAUCAAUAAUGCUGAACUGACUGGUUCAUUCUUACACCAGCUUGGAAUAGCAAUAUAUUUCUCCUUCUUUGCAGAUAGGGAAAGGCUGGACAGUAUUUUGUCUAGAUUGGUUGUCAUUGUAUGGGUCUUUGUGCUUCUCGUGAUUACAUCAAGCUAUACUGCCAAUCUAUCUUCAAUACUAACUGUGCAACAGCUUCAACCCACUGUAACUGACAUUCAUGAACUACUUAAAAACGGGGAAUAUCUAGGGUAUCAUAAUGGUUCUUAUUUGUUCGAUCUAUUAAAAGAACUUGGUUUUGACAGAACAAAAAUGAGGGCAUAUGACAACCCAGAUGACUUUGCUGAUGCACUUGCUAAAGGGAGCCAAAAUGGAGGUAUUGCUGCAGUCGUACAUGAAGUUCCAUACAUCAAAAUAUUUCUUUCAAAGCAUUGCAAAGGGUACACGAUGGUUGGACCAAUUUACAAAUCUGAAGGCUUUGGCUUUGCAUUUCCCAAACGAUCCCCACUUGUUUACGACUUCUCAAGGGCAAUCCUCAACAUAACAGAAGGAGAUUCUAUAAUUCAUAUAGAAAACAAAUGGAUUGGGGACCAACAUGCCUGUCAGAAUGAUGGCAAUAUCAUCGGGUCAAGCAGUCUAAACUUCAACAGCUUUUCAGGACUCUUUCUUGUCACAGGAGUUGCUUCAACCUCAGCGCUGUUAAUAGCCCUGGUGAUGACUCUCUACAAGAAUAAGCACAGGAUAAGGAACAGCAUACGUCGUGACCAGGCUCAGAAAGAAUACGAAACAGUUCAAAUAAAUGAACAAAAUCAAGGAAGGGCAACAGGCUCCAACCAGACCCACAACCUGCAGCUGGCCGUGCCAGAUGAUUCAGAUGAAUAUGCCUGUCACCGUCAGCAAGAGCGAGAAAUUUCCAUAGAGAUAACCCCAGCUUCAGGGGUCCAAACAAGUCCGGAUUUUGCAUCUCACUGAACAUCGAGCAAUGGCUAG